GCUGGAGCAAAAGCAGCCAACCAGCUUGUUUUCCUUGCCAUAGGCUCCAUAAAAGGGGAGAUCCUAUAUUGAAUUCAUAUUGGUGGGAUUGGCAGGGAAAGAAUUUUGCUUUUUUGUUCUUGGAUCUUUCCUGGCUAGAGAAUUUGUUCAGAGAAUAUGAGCAAAUUUGAUGGUGUUUGUCCAUGGAAUGUGCCUGUGCACCAUCGCAAUGGCAGAUGGAAUGCAUUGGAGGGGAGGCUGAGGGUGGGAGAGGUGGCUUUGAGGUGUGUCGUAUGUGGGCUUGCAGUGCUUGUGGCUGCCCUUGUGGGGACUGACACACAGGUCAAGAAGAUCGUCUUUGUGGAAAGGAAGGCCAAGUUCACAGACAUGAAGGCUUCAGUGUUUCUGGUGAUAUUUAAUGGGAUAGCUGCAUGUUAUAGUCUUAUACAAGGCCUACGAUGUGUGGUUACCUUAAUCAGGGGGAAUGUUCUGUUAAACAAGCCCGUAGCUUGGCUUAUUUUCUCAUGUGAUCAGGUAAUGGCAUACGUAUCAGUAGCUGCAGUGGCAGCAACCACACAAUCAGGAUUGCUUGCGGAAUUUGGCCAACCAGAGCUUCAAUGGAUGAAACUAUGUGAUAUGUAUAGGGGAUUCUGUAUCAAGGCUGGAUGUGGUUUAAUGAUUGCUUUUGUGGUCACCUGUUGUAUUCUCAUACUUUCCUGUAUCUCUGCAUUUAACCUUUUCCGACUGUAUGGGAAUAACAAAAGAUGAGGGCAGUGGAAAUGUAUGGACAUAGCUCUAUCUUCUCCCUGUUUUACUUCUGCCAUUUAUCUAUAACUAAUUUGCUGGUAAGCUAGCAUAUUA